AUGGAGGCGAAGCAUCGUGCGGUCCAGUUGUCGGUGCGUCCGUCCAGAGGACUGGUGGACGAUAAGUUUGUCAUCACGGUCCAGAAUGCGCCCCCUGGCGUCCGGCUCACCGUCCACGCCUUCCACCGCUGCGAGGACGGACACGGCUGGGAGUCAUUCGCUCACUACAUGUCCGAUGUCGGCGGCGCCAUUGAUGGUACGCCAUCCACAAAAAACACUUUGGACAUGUCCUGGAACACCGUCUUUGUCUUUGUAGUGUCCCGGGAUGCCAGCUUGGGGGGGACGUACUCCUGGGUGGAACAAAUGGGUCUCAUGUGGAGCCUCAGACCAGUUCCGGGCAGCGAACCCGGACUCAGGUUGAGGAAGAAGAACGUGCAGACCCCCAUGGAGUUCACCAUCUCAGUUCAUGGGGGUUACAUCACUGAGGGCUUCAUGGACCGCGUGGCGCUGGCCUCUCAUGCAGUGGAGCGCUGGUACAUGGCGCCCGGCGUCCGCAGGAUCCCCGUCACUAAAGACGGACUUUCCGCGACCCUCUUCCUGCCUUCAGGUACAGUCCAGACCACACAAAAACCCUCACAUGAUGAAUAAUAUAAAACCUCACAAGGACCCGGACCUUUCCCGGGUAUCCUGGACCUGUGGGGAGGUGCGAGCCAGCUGGUGGAAUAUCGUGCGGCGCUGCUCGCUUCCCACGGCUUCGCUUCACUGGCUCUUGACUACCUGACCCCUAAAAUCGUCCAGGAGUUGGGAAAGUUGGUGGACGAGUCGUACUUUGAGAAGGCCUUCGGGUUCCUGCAGCAGCACCCGCAGGUGCUCGCCGACCGCAUCGCCAUGUUGGGACUCUGCUUCGGGUGCACUUACCUGCUGAGGGUGCUGACUUACUCUGACGUUGUCAAGCCCAAGUGUGCCGUGUGCAUCAGUGGAUCUCACCUGCAGCCAAAGAGCAUCAAACAGGAGGAUUUAUUUGCUUUCUAUAAUCAGCAUUCAGACAAGAUUCAAGUCAACGAGAAGAACCAGAACAUCCUUAAAAUGAUGUUUCUGCCCAUCAGUACCCUCACCCUCAAAGCGGAUGUGGGACGUGUGCAGUGUCCUCUGCUGCUGGUGGUGGGCGAGGACGAUCAGAGCUGGCCCGCCUCAGAGUCCGCUGUAGAUAUGAAGGAGAUGAUGGAGCGGGCGGGGAACAGCCACCUGCUGACCAUCCUGUCCUACCCCGACGCCGGUCACCUGAUUGAGCCCCCGUACUCGCCGCACACCAAAGCCAGCUCCUUCCACUCCGUCACGCUCCUACGGAAGAUCACCGCUGUGUGGGGAGGACAAUGCGCGCCCCACGCGUACGCUCAGGAAGAUUCCUGGAAGAAGAUGCUGGCGUUCCUGCACCACCAUCUGUACGCCGGGUACUACCGCCCCCGCGGUCCUGUGACCCAACUCACAGCAAAGUUUUGA